GACGGCCAGGGUGCCGCCGUCAGCUGCCUCCACCCGCCGCGAGCGAUUUGACCGUGCGGUGACGGUGGUGAGGCCGCCAGCCACGUCGGCGGCGGCGGCGACCGGCGGCUCACUUCGAGAAGCGUCUCGCCUCCUCCUCCUCCUCCUCACCAUUAAUACCCCCCCACCCACGCCGCGCGCGCGCCUCGCCCUCGUGCUCCAUGCGCGCCACGCUGCGAGGGCGAGGCCACCGUCGCCAUGGCCGUGCUGGGAGUGGGCGCCGCCGUCAGGCUGCGGCUCCGCGUGCUCGGCCGCCACCUCCGCCUCCGCGGGCGCAGGCGCACGCGGCGGCGGCGGGGAGGUGGUGGGGUGGAGGAUGAGGAGGAAGGAGGGAGGGAGGCGGUGGUGCUGGUGUCCGGGAUGGGCGGGUCGGUGCUGCACGCGCGGCGGCGGUCGAACCCCAGGUUCGACCUCCGCGUCUGGGUGCGCAUCCUCCGCGCCGACGCCGACUUCAGGAAGUACCUCUGGUCGCUCUACAACCCCGACACCGGGUACGUGGAGCCGUUGGACGACGAUGUGGAGAUCGUGGUGCCGGAGGACGACCACGGCCUGUUCGCCAUCGACAUUCUCGAUCCUUCCUGGUUUGUGGAGAUUCUCCAUCUGUCUAUGGUGUAUCACUUUCAUGAUAUGAUUGAUAUGCUUGUUGACUGUGGAUACAAGAAAGGAACCACACUUUUUGGAUAUGGUUAUGAUUUUCGCCAAAGUAACAGGAUAGACAAAGUGAUGGUUGGUUUGCGAGCAAAACUUGAGACAGCUUAUAAGGCUUCUGGUGGGAAAAAGGUUAAUAUAAUAUCGCAUUCUAUGGGUGGACUGCUAGUGAGCUGCUUCAUGUCUAUGAACCGUGAUAUAUUUGCGAAAUAUGUGAACAAAUGGAUUUGUAUUGCAUGUCCAUUUCAAGGUGCCCCAGGAUGCAUCAAUGAUUCUCUGCUAACUGGGCUACAAUUUGUUUAUGGGUUUGAAAGCUUCUUUUUUGUUUCUAGAUGGGUGAUGCAUCAACUGCUUGUUGAAUGCCCAUCCAUCUACGAAAUGCUGCCAAAUCCACAUUUCAAGUGGAAGAAAGCACCAGUUGUUCAGGUUUGGAGAAAGAAACCUGAAAAGGAUGGAAUAGCGGAGUUAGUUCUGUAUGAAGCUACCGAUUGUUUAUCUCUGUUUCAAGAAGCUUUAAGGAACAAUGAGCUCAAGUAUAAUGGGAAGACAAUUGCACUGCCAUUCAAUAUGUCAGUCUUCAAGUGGGCCACUGAGACCCGCCGAAUUCUUGAGGAUGCUGAAUUACCAGAUACUGUGAGCUUUUAUAAUAUAUAUGGGACAUCUUACGAUACUCCAUAUGAUGUUUGUUACGGCUCUGAAAGCUCCCCAAUUGGAGAUCUGUCAGAAGUGUGCCACACAAUGCCAGUGUACACUUAUGUGGAUGGAGAUGGCACAGUUCCUAUUGAGUCAACUAUGGCUGAUGGAUUUGCAGCCAAGGAAAGAGUUGGCAUCGAGGCCGACCACCGAGGGCUGCUUUGCGACGAGAAUGUGUUUGAGCUUCUGAAGAAAUGGCUCGGCGUGAAGGAAGAAAGCACACGGCGGCGUCGGUUGUCCAAGUCCAAAGUGACAGACUUUGCACCAUCAUAAUGAAAGUACUAAUCAAGUCAAGGUGCUCAAAACAAAACCAUCACAAUCUCUUCAAGGCAGCCAUUAUUUUUUGGGCUCUUCACUUGAAGAGAAGAUGAAUAUAGCGAAACACUUGUGUUUAAAAUGUUACUUGUUAUUCCGGAAGGGGAAGAUGAUAUGAACCCUACCAUUCGUAGCUGAAAAUUGUGACACUUUGUGACGUUGUGACGGUUAUUUAAUUUGCAUCCAGUAACGGAGCAAAACUUAAAGGAAAUAAAUAAAUCGUAUUAUUUACAAAGCA